AUGGCGGCUGCUGGCGGCGGCGCCCUGAACCCGCGCCUCGUGAAGAUGGUGCUGGUAGUGAUGGGGCUGGGGAUCGGUGGGUACAUCCUUGGUCCGCCGCUCUACUGGCACCUGGUGGAGGUUGUCCUCGGCCGGUCGUCCAACGCGUCAUCCUCCGGCGCCGCUGAGUGCCCCGUUUGCGACUGCGACUGCUCUUUACCCCUCCUUGAGAUGCCCGAAGGUAAAUCUGGACUGCUCGAAUCCGAUUCUCCUUUGCGUCGAUUGAGGAUCUAAAAUGCUACAGAUCUCGAUCAGGACUUGCUUUGUAGUGGGUAUAGUCGUUCGAGAAACUGAGAUUCCCCCAGGAUAUAAUCUAUUUCCCCUAGAUAUAUAGUGGGAAUUUUGCGAUUAUGCACCCAAAUUUUGCGAUUAUGCAUAAAUCAUUUCUAGCAGAAACAAAAUCAUUUUUAUUUUUUUAAAAAUAACUAGAGAAUGAGUAGGCUUCUUCUCGAGAAAUUUAAGCAUUUGCAUUUUUGAAUUUUUUUCGGCACGCUAAUUGUGUUUACGCUGUUCUUAUUUUUGCAGAGUUGAGUAAUAUAUCAUUCACAGGUCAGUAAUCCUUCUGCCGUUCAAAUUAUUGAUGUUCUGCUGUGCUAAUUUCGCCAGUGGCAUUUUCAUUCUGUUAUUCACGUGAUAGAAAAAUAUUUUUCUCCUUAUAUCUCUUCUAGUAUCUUCUCUUGGUGUCAAUUAGAAUCAUAUGGAAGUUUUGUGAAAUAUGUUGUAGUAUUUGAUGCUUUAUGAUGUUUCUGGCAAACCUACCAAGCCACAUUGAUCAAUAUAUCAUUUUCCCUGUUUCUCUUUUAGGUUUUCUUUAACAUCCCUAUCAUACCUUAUCAAAAAAAAAAAAUUCGCUUCCUUAACUAAACCUUACAUUAUCUUUUUGAGCUAUCUUGUAAUCGAUGGCAUCUUAUUUUGGAAGACACUUCUUAUAUCAUGGUUCCAUUUUAUCUUCCUUGGGCACGGUUUGAUUUUCUAUGGUUGGCAUGUGAACCAUGCCGAAAUCUUAAAUUGUUAGGUUGUAGGAUUAUCAUGUAAUUAGUUUUUGAAAUGUGGGGUAGGCAUCAGUGGAAUCUGAAGAAAAUAUUGCUAAUCAAAUUCAAGGAAAAAGACAACCAUGUGACGAAAAUGGAUGGGCGACGUCUUUGAAUGACACAACCGACAGAUAUCAUAGGUGAACAUUUGCAAUGUGGAGGGUGAUAGCUCGACAUCGAUUAGAGAGAAUGAAGUCAGGGGCAGUGGCAGCCUAUGAUACUGUUUGAAAGAGAGAAGUUAGGACAUCUGGUUGCUUGUAGUACCAUUCAGAAAGGUUGAAACCAAGAAGAUUAUGUGAGCCCAGUUCUUGGUCAACAAUAUCAUAUAUAUGCAUCAUUUCCUGUUCCACAUACACACCUCAACUUCUUGUUCCUGUAACUAGGAGCCAGUCUGUUAUGAAAGUAUAGAUAACAACAUAAAGCGAUAAAUUAUCUCCGGUGGUAGAAGAAAGUGAGUCUGUCUCUCACGUUUUUGCUUUUAUAUUCAGAUCAUUCGUCAUCUGAUAUUGGAUGUUUACUCAUUCUCCCUUAUUGUGACCUUGGAUAAAAGGAAACGGGUUGAAGUGUUGACGAUUGAAUUUAAUGGUUUUUCGGGUAUGACAGCAAGAACAUGGCAUUUAUCGGAUGAUGGAGUAGAUAAUUGGGAUGAACGGAGUAGUGAUAUUGAUGGGAAGUUGUUGCAGUGGUGACAUGUGAGUUGUGAUCGGGCAAUAAUGAAAACCGAUAAACUAACAAUCUUAAUUCUGAAUGAAAUAUUGUAUUCACUAUUAGGAUUCUGUCAGUAAUGUACUAAAAUUAUAAGCGGACAUAUCAGAUCUGGGGUUUUUAGCAUGGAGAGCAUCUUGCUUCUGUAGAUACAAGGCAUAAUUUUUGCAGUAACAUAACAGUGUAUGAUUAUAAAAAGUGGUUCAGUUGGAAUGUGUAUUUAUCUCUGGAAGUAAAAAUUCCGUCUCUAUCUUCAUUCAGUAAGCUUUAUUCAGAAAGUAGCCUUUCUCCUUGCUUCCUCCCUGCUUGCAUUGUGUAAGAGGCAUUAUUCAGUAAAUUACAAAAUCACUAAGUGAAUGGCUCAAGAAAUGUUGGGAUGGCAAUGAGGACAACGGUCUUUAAAAUAAAAUGGAUCAUGGUGGAGUGAUUAAUGAUGAUAACAUUAGCGAAAGAGGGUGUUAGAGAUUCGUGAUGACAUGACUUCUAGAUUGGUGUUAUUGCAUGGUGUGAAUGGAUCAUGCUACACAGAUAACUUGGCCUGAUUUCAAAUACAACUUCGGAUAUGAAACAGAUCACUAUUUUUAUGAGCUGUUCAAAUCAUAAAUUGUAAAAAUAUUUCUUUUGGGCAUAACAACUUGCAAUAAACUAAAAAAAUGGAAAUAGCCGGGACUUUGCCAAUUUCGAAUCUUUAUUGGUAUACUUGUAUUGCAUGGUUGCGAACAAGUAUUUCAUAUGUGGAUAAUUUUUUUGACUUACCUUUCACAUUUUUGCCACCUAUUCAUAGAUUGAUGUUGCUUCUGAUAACCAGUUAUAAUUGUUGUAUGUUUGCAUUAGUCCAUUUGAGUUUCUCGAUGACUAUCGUGAGGUUAUAUUCUAUAUAUUUUUUUUUCCCUAGUUAGUAUUUAUCAGUAAUCAUGAGAUACAAAUAUUGAACAUUUUGUCAAUUAUGCUUCCAAAGAGGUCAAAAUGUGGGCAUUGGAAGGGCCACAGUUGCCCCAUUAUAUAUGGGUCGUACAUCUUGUUUACAUCGAACAUUUAGUAUUCACAAAGAGAUACGUGUUAUAGGGGAAAUUUCUGUUCAUUAUGUAUAUUGAAUUUUUUUGUCUAUAUUUUCAAUCAGACUCGGACCCUGUCACAGAUUCCAAUGACCAUCAUUAAUGUUGUUUUUAAAUAAAUAAGAAACAUACUUUUAUUGGGAAUCGAGUUGAGAUCAAGUUGUCAUGUUGAUGAAUUAGCAUCCAAUCUCAGGAUUGCAGAAGCUUUUUUUCUUGAGUCUGUCUGAAUCAUCCUACCAGUUCUAUGGUCGCUCAAAAUGCAUUAGUUUCUGCAACCAAAGAACAUAUUGAUCAAAAAGGGCUGCUAACCGAUUCCCUUUUAUAUCUGAUGAAAGAUUUUAUCCCCUUCCCAUUGCAUAUGCCAUCUGCUCAGAUUGCGCAAAGCAUGACCCUGACGUGAGUGAAGAGAUGGAGAAAAACUUCACCGACCUUCUGUCAGAGGAGUUGAAGCUCCGGGAGGCUGAGGCUGCUGAGAAGCAGCAACGUGCUGACCUGACCCUCCUUGAGGCCAAGAAGGUGGUCUCUCAGUUCCAGAAGGAGGCCGACAAGUGCAACUCGGGCAUGGAGACCUGUGAAGAGGCCAGGGAAAGAGCCGAAGUCACCUUGCUGGAACAGAGAAAAUUGACCGCUCUGUGGGAGCAGCGGGCACGGCAGAGGGGGUGGAGGGAUGGUCAAGUCAGGGCCCAAGCUUGA